UAAAGCCAGGUGUGUGAGUGCCGUGCUCCACUCCCAGUGUGUGUAGAGAGUACGUUUGUUGGUGAUUUCUGUGUCCAGGUUCUCAGCAGGUUGUGUAUGGCGGCUGUGCGACGUGCAGCUCGUUCGGCGCCUGAGUGCAGAAGCUCAGGAUGCGGUUCCAACGGUGGUCUGAUGGAGCCAGCUAUUGGUCCAGCCAGCAGCAGAGAUCCUGGAUCUUCAUUGCAUCCACAUUCCGUCUUUGGCCAGCCAGUCUUUUACGUUCCUGCUCCACCUGCCCCCCCUCUGGUCCACUGCCAGUGGCCCAUGCCUUUACCUUAUAACCCCUUCCCAGGCAUGAGCUACGACAUGGUUGUCCCCCCUCCACAGUUUCCCCCUCCCUUCUAUCUGAGGGCUCCAGCCUAUAUUCUACCACACCCUCAGGUUCAACCAGCUGACUACAGACGCUUUCUCCACCCACACGUCUGCUCUCAAGGUCCGUCAAAUCAGAACCUGAUGACUAGAAACCACCAGCCUCAAUCCGUCCCAAUCACCACCGUGUCCUCUGAGGUCCAAACGGAACCGGAAAGGAGCGCCGUAGGUGACCACGAUGCCCACUUGCCACCAGCCGGCUCAGAUUCUUGUUUAGAAACUGCUUCAGUCUCCACAUGCUUCUCAGGCUCGAGUUCUCCAAACGGAGAACCGGCAGGAGCUCCAGACUACGAGUUGCCCUGCUGUGAUGGAGACGGUCCGGUUGAGCUUGCCGACGGAUCAUGUUCAGGAGCGGAGGAGGAAAGCCAGAUGGAAAAGGAUGAUGCUGGUCAGCAUCAACUAGAUGUUUCCUUCUGGUCAGUAGAGUCUGUCGCCCCAUACAUCCCAUCUAAAGAGUGGCUCAUCCGUAAUGGCCUGGCUAGGCCUGAUGAGAUUCAAACCCCAAAUCAGGACCACGCUGAGGAGAUUAGAGAGGAAAGGAGGCAGAGCUUCAAGUUUUCUUUCUGUUCUGACAUGUUUUCUGGCUGCGUGUCUAAAGUCCACAAUGAAAACCAAAGUCUUCCAAAGGAAAACGUGUUGAAAGGAGAACAGGACAUCCUUCUCAGUGAGCAGAGGGAGCCAGAGGAAGAGCAGACUGUGGCUAACCCAGAAGAGUAUACCUCAUCUUUUCACCCUUCCAUGCUUAGUCAGGAUGUACCAACCAACACUGAGGAGGAAGGUGAAUAUCCUGCUGAACUUCCAAACCAGGAGUCUCUUGUGAAGGAGCAGGAGAAGAGUGCUGGAGUUCCUCUGGAAGAACUGAUCCUCCAUUCACCAGCAGAAGAGGGUGCUGAGAUGAGCGACGGCCCCGGCCUGAACAUACACGAGUCGUCCCCGUUCAAGGGCCAUUUAGUGGAUUUUGGUGUCCAGUGCGGUGAACUGCAGGUGCACAAAUGUGUGUGUGAGGAAAGGAGUGAAAUAAGACUUCAGCUCAAAAACUCAGAUGUGAAAGGUCAGAAGGACGAGACGAAGACGCUCUCCAGAAACAGAUGCGUUCAGAGGAGGAACAGACAUCAGAGUCUGUCUCCUUAAGGUUCCUGUCGCUGAACGGAGCAGCACAUUCUCUUGCAGGAAGUCCAGAAGGGGAGGUCCAGAGCAGCUGAACAAACGACGGAUCCUGUCCUCUGGGCAGUAGGCACGCUCAGACUGGACAUCGCUGUCCGCUGGCAUCGUUGUAGCUGACAAGCUAACGGAUGGAUGCGGUUUUAAUGUGUUUGUUUUGACAUCGUUGUGUGCAAAUGAUGGGCGAAACCCUGGAUUUUAGACUUUAAAAUGUGAUUUAUUUUUAUUGGUGGUUUGUGAAAUAAAUAAAAUGUUUUUCUAA